AUGGUUCCUAUACGUAUAAAUGAUAAAUAUGAUUUAAAACAUUGUUCAAUUAUAUAUUCAAUAAUUGAACUACCAUUAUCACGAAUAGAUGGUUUCCAUGAAAGUAUACAUGAUCUAUUAGUCAAUUCAUUUAUUUUAUUAGAUCCUGGUUGUGUUGAAACAUCAUAUAGAUCUUUAAUUGUAACAGAUUCACUGGGACGAGUACAAUAA